GAAGCUGGGCGGAGCCGGCCGGCAGGUGAACCGGAACUGGGGUUAUCUCAUGUUCCCCACCAAUGUUUGUUGUGGUCGCGCGACGGACCAACGGCCGGAGCGCAGCGCGUGCUCGGGAUGGAGCGCGCGCGUAGGGGGGCCAGGACGGGACCGCGCAACCACUGCCAGCGCUUCAACUACAUCUGCCUCAAAAUUACCCUCAUCGUUUACUCCACUUUCUUCUGGUUGAUUGGAACUUUCAUCCUUUGUAUUGGCAUAUAUGCAGAAGUUGAGAGACAGAAAUACAAGACACUGCAAGGUGCCUUUUUAGCUCCAGCUAUAAUCCUGAUUUUGCUGGGAAUUCUGAUGUUUGUGGUGUCGUUUAUUGGUGUUUUAGCAUCUUUGCGGGACAACUUGUGCCUUCUGAAAGUGUUUCUCUAUACACUUGCAAUUGUGCUAAUACUGGAAUUGCUGGGUGGAGUUGUGGCAUUGAUCUUCAGGCAUCAGACAUUAGACUUUAUAAAUCAAAACAUCCGUAAAGGCAUUAUACAUUACUAUGAUGACCUGGAUUUCAAGAACAUAAUGGAUUUUGUUCAAGAGGAGUUUAAAUGCUGCGGUGCAGAGGAUUUCACUGACUGGUCACUGAAUAUGUACCAUAGUUGUGAAGGACGUGCAGCUGGACCACUUGCUUGUGGUGUGCCAUACUCUUGUUGUAGACGCAAUAAGACAGAUGUUGCCAAUACAAUGUGUGGUUAUAAAACACUUAAUGAGCAACGUUUCACUGUCGUUCAAAUCAUCUAUGUCGGUGGGUGCACAGACGCAGUGUUGAAUUGGUUCUUGGGACACUAUGCAGCCAUGGCUGCCAUCCUAUUUGGUAUAAUAGCACCACAGUUUUUUGGUGUUUUAAUAACUUGGCUGUAUAUCAGCCGGCUGGAAGAUAUCAUCUACGAAUACGAUGCCGUGAAUAUUGGCCUGAUGAGUGGACCGUCUUACAGCCGCUAUGGAGGUGCAAGCACAUCAGGGGCAGGGUGCUGUUGGUGUUUACCUACUCUCGAUGCUGUUGUAUGAAAUUUGUUGUAUGGGGUAAUUAUAACAUGUUAUAGGUGUCUCAAGGAGCAGUACAGGCUGUAAUACAAUCCAGGGGUUCCGAUGGUGUUUAAAAAGUUUAUAUUGCAGCAGUUUAAGACAAUCUAAGUCGACCAGAAAAAACUUUUGGAACCGAGAGUAAACUGAGCACAGUUUUGGACGGAGAUCAGAGAUCAGAGUCUGUGUCCAAAUUGAAAUCCACCUUUUAAGUUUUCAGAUUCGGAAGACCUGGGUUGUAUUACCAACGUUUUCUGUAUGCUCCCUACAUUUCGUAUUACUUAACACUCUAAAACUCCCAUUCUUUCCAUUUAAUAUACAUGAAGCACUAUAUCUCACUACACUUUUUAAAGGUGCUGUCCUGUGAACAGCAUAUUUUGGUUUCAGGCCAAUUAUGUCUUGUUUUGUCAUGGUGCAGCCUUGUAUUUUGCUACCUCUCUGUCCUGUUACUGCUCCUUUGAAAUAGUAUAACUAUUCUGAGGUGCAACAGGUACUUCAUUCAUGUAUUUCACCAUCGUAACCCUGAACACCACCUUACAAACUGAGACAAGAAUUGGAACAAAUUACAUUUUGUGCAUUAUGAUCGUGGAUGAAUUGCAGAUGUAACCACUCCUUCAGUUGGACUUGUCUCCUCAUAACUGUAUUCCAACUGUUUUGCACAAA